CCAGAAAUAUUGCCUCGUCAAACUUGGAAUCAAACUUCCCUAACUUAUCUUUAGUAUUCAAAGCAAAACACCUACACCCAAAGGGAUGAAAGUAGCCUAAAUUUGGCUUCCUAUCCUUCCAUAGCUCAUAAGGUGUUUUAUUCAGUUUAGAACGAAUUAAGGCUCUGUUUAUAGUAUAGCAUGCUGUGUUUAUAGCUUCUGCCCAAAAUUGUUUUGGCACUCCAUAAUCAUUGAUCAUUGUCCUCGCAAUGUCUAUCAAAGUUCGGUUUUUUCUUUCCACGACUUCAUUUUGCUGAGGUGUCCUAGGAGUAGAGAAGUUAUGACUUAUACCAGACUCCUCACAAAACUUGUCAAACUCAUCAGAUAUGAAUUCACCUCCUUGAUCACUCCUAAUGUUUACAACCUUAGUCUCCUUUUCAUUUUCUAGAUGUUUGACUAACUUUCUAAACUUAAGGAAUGUCUCUCCUUUAUUUGAGAGAAACAUUACCCAGGUAAAUCUUGAAAAAUCAUCUACUACCACACAGGCAUAGUAUUUCCACCCAAACUCAUUACAUUGCAAGGACCAAACAGAUCUAAAUGAAGUAAUUCCAACGAUCUUGUUGUUGAAAUAACAUUCUUACUCUUAAAGGAAGAUCUAACCCGUUUUCCCUUUGUAUAGGCUUCACAAAAGAACUCCUUUCUGCUAUUUAUCCUAGGUAUUCCAGUGACAAUGUUCAGACUAACUAGUUUUGCUAGAGAUCCUACACUGAUGUGACCUAGCUUCCUAUGCCAUUCUAGUUGAUCAUUUUUGUCCAUAGACAUCAAACACAUUUCAUUAAAAUCAUUCUUAUCAUUUAGAUUUAUACAGAACAGUUUCCCUUUUCUUUUACCAGUGAACACAAUUUUCUUUGUUUCAAUGUUUUCAACAUAGCAUUUGUUCGGUUCAAAAAUGACUCUGUUUGUGUAAUAUCCCACCCUCACGAAUCGCUUAAUACGUAAAUCUUGUAGGUUAUAAUUCAAGUGUUGGUCACAGUUUCUAUUCGUUCAUAGGGUUAAUGAGAUGAAUGUAAAACAUGUAGAGUACAUCUUCAUAUAGCUAAACUCAGCAUGAUAAGUUCUAUAAUUCCAAACCCAUCCAAGUUAGCCAAACCCGCCCACUCCUGGCGGUUGAGCAAAGGAACCGAUACCACUAGGUUCAUGAACCUUUGAGUAGCUGUUUUGACUUGUAUCUUUAAAUGAGAAGUUAUAUUUCCCACACAUGAGCAGUAGAGCACACGUGGUUAGAGGGUUUUCUUUGGCUUGGGAAAUAAAUGGUAUGGGAUAAAUGCUUUCCCUAGGAACCGAGGAGAUAAAGAGACUUUCCACCACUUCAUAUCUCUGGAGGCAAGUGAGGAUAAAAGAACCAAAACCAUUCCCAUCACUACACCGCCAUCAUCAACCAGCCUCCUCACCAUUACCACCUUUAUCUCUACAAUUGCUUUGGAGAAAGUACAUGUAGCUAGGUGACCGAUUCUAAAAGGGGAGAGUAACCAGUUCCUUCUUGAGAGAUAGCCACCAGUAAUGAGUCCCUCUCAUCAAUAUCACCACCAUCGUUUCUUUUAGAGCUCAGCUAGGCAAGGGGAAUAACAAGGGGUUGGUGGUCAUAUAAGGUAUGGUGAUCCCUUUUCUUAGUUAAUUUAUUUAAGGUGGAUGAUGAAGAGAUGAUACUGGUGCUUAGAGAUCAUUUUCUUGAGGGAAACUAACUAUAAUUUGUCCUUGAAUCUUGUUAUGCAUGCUGAAACCAGCCCAAAGUUUGCAUGCAUGAUUCUUUACUUGGAUUAAAUAAGCAUUUGUAGGGAUUCUAAAAUGCAUCCCAUGACCAGUAAAGAACCGAGUAGUCAUAUGCAUGUACAUGUGGUCAUUUUGGGGUCCAAAUGGGUGACGAGAGUGGGGAAAUGGUGUUAGUAGGCGUGAUUGCCCACCUGUGUUAAAGUAGAGGGACUUAUCCUGAAAAGUGUGGGUAAGAAGAGAUUAAUUGGGAAGAUGAGAAGGAAUGAGUUGCAUGGGAAAGCUAGAAAUUUAAACGAAUCUCAAUUGGUGGGUGGUCAUUAAGUUAGAGAAAAUGGGUUUCAGUUUGUGGGAAACAUAAACUUUGGUGGGAUGGAAAUAUAUGAAAAUAGAAGUAUAUUACUUAUACAUGGUUGUUUAUGUGUGGUACGAGACCUUGAUUGAUUGGGAUUGGGAGUUUUUUGUCCCAUAUGAUAUGGAAUUAAAGAAAGUAUAAAGAUAAUUAAGCAAUUGAGAUGAUUGUGUAUAGCAUCAAUGAGUAUAUGAUAUGAUAUGUGUGCCUACGGGCUUAUGACGUGCUUUACAUGAGUAUUGUCUAACCCAUGAACUACGUGAUCACCUAAUAAAAACAUAAUGGCGCCUUGUUAUGCACUCAUGAAAAGAAAAAGAGAAGAAAAGAGUUAUACGAGAACUCCCUAUAAGGAUUAUCGCCAGGCCUGGCUACGAGUUCACGAGAUAUGUCACUUCGUGCCCACGAGAUUACAAGUUCAUGAGAUAUGGCACUUUGUGCCCACGAGUUUAUGAGAUUUGGCACUUUGUGCCUACGAGAUUACGAGAUCACGAGAUUAUGAGUUCACGAGAUCCCGGGGAGUGCAUAACUUGGCAUUAAAAGUAAAAUGUACAUAAUUUAGCUAACUAUGCUUGUGUUUGAGCCUUUUUACAAGGAUUUUCUGUAAUGUGGUUACGUGAAGUUUCCUACGAUGAGUUCAAUAGAUUGUUCUUGAGAUUGACGUAUUUAUAUGAAGGCUUUACUGUGAUGUGUUCAUGCAAUGAUUCAUUAUGAGAUUGUGUAGUUGUUACAUGCCUCCAUAUGUUGUUGAUUAUAUGGUGAUACCCAAAUGAUGUGUUAGUGAAUGUUUUUUUUUCUGGAUAGGGUUUGAUAUGAGUAACUCAAGGGCGAGUGUGUAUGAUAUGAGAACUGCUUAGAUUGGUUAAUGAACCUUGCAUACAUAGUUGGGUAAAGUACCAUUUAAGCUACUAGAUUCUUUCAGUGAACUUAAGCCCUUGGUGUACCUGAUCACCGUGCGCAACUGGAGUAUAUAUUGGGUUAUUGAUUACUGAUUGAGUGGCGUCUCACCCCCGCCAAUAUUUUUCUCUUUCAGAGCCAAAGCAACAACAGAAGCCUCGGUCGAACCAGUGAAGUCAGCCGGAUGGCUGAAAGGUGUGCGGCGGAACUGAACUCUCCACAUGUUUUCACUUUUGAAGUCGAACUAAAUGUUUUAACGCUUUUAAGUUUUUGUACCCACAAAAUGUUAAACUACUAUGUUGGGUUUGUACUUUGUUUUAAACUCAAACUUUGCAUCGUUCGGUGUUGUGCUUUUGGAUGCUUUGGGAAAACUAGCUUGAAUUUCCUAAGCAAGUGAUGUAAACCGUAUGCUAGUGUUAUGUCCAAGUCUUAAUGUGAAGUUAAAACCUAUGGUUUAAUGAGUAUAUAAUAUGAUGAUGGUUCCAAUAGUACGAGAAGAAGUAGUAGGAUGUUACAAGAAGUAGUAGGGUGUUACAAUUUUUGGUAUCAGAGCUGGGAUGUGAUCCCACGGGAUUAAAGUGAUUUUAAUGAAGUUUUGAAUGGGUUUAUAAUGGAUUUUAAGUUGAAAAUGUAUUUAAGAAAUUGUUUUUGAUUUUGCUCUCCUUGUCGUUUUCAUGUGGAGUUCAGUCAAGGAGGAAGAGAGCGUUCCCCGCCACCUCAAGUAGCAGGUCCAAAUCAGCCUAUUCCCGAAAAUCAAGCUGAGCCUCAGGCUAAUAACCUACCUCAGGUAGUUCCCUAUAAAAGGGAUUAUACUGAGGUGUGGAAGAUGGGUGCUGAGGCCUUUACGGGUUCUAUAGAUCCCAAAGUGGCUGUAGAUUGGCUGAAAAAGACCGAGCGCAUUCUCAAUCAAAUUGGGUGUCCUGAUGACGUCAAGUUUGAUUAUGUUGUAGCUCUCCUCGAAAAAGAUGCUUAUGAGAACAAGCCUCGUACUCAAAGUUACGGGAUCGAAGAUAGGAAACGGAAGUGGAAGGGGUCAUCCUCAGCAGGUCAAAGUCGAGUUUCUAGCUGGGGUCCUAGUAAGGGGAACUUUACUCAGCGUCCUCGAGUAAGUUUCCCUAGGGCGCCUGCUUACCAAACCCAGAUGAAUGCACCUUCACCACCUGAAUGUCAACAUUGUGGAAGGAUGCACCAGGGAGAGUGUCGGAUCGUGACGGGUGCUUGUUUCAAAUGUGGUGGUUUUGGGCAUCUCAUUAAAGAUUGUCCAACUUGGGGAGAUACAGUGCCGGUUCGGUCCCAAACUACUAUGCAGGGAUCCCGAGUGGCCAGUAACUUCUCAAGGGAAAAUUUUAGAGGUGGAUCUAGUAGGGGAGGAGGACGUGGUUCUGAGGUCAGAGGGCAUACAGUUGGUCAAACAGGCAGAGCUGAUAUACAACCACAAGCAUUUGCUAUGACAAGAACAGGGGCGAAUGUAUCUCCAGAAGUGGUUACCGGUAUGGUUCUCAUCCAUGAUAAACCCAUUUAUGCCUUAAUUGAUCCUGGGUCUACUCACUCAUUCGUGUCUCAUAAAUUUUCACAACGUAUGCAUGCUCGACCUGAACUAUUGUCUAGUAACAUAUUUGUGAAAACCCCCGUUGGUGAUACUAUUGUGGUCAAUCAUGUUUAUGUUGGUUGUCCUAUGAUUGUAUCUGGAGUAACGUUGCUUGCUGACUUGAUGAUACUUCCAAUUGAUGAAUUCGAUGUGAUACUGGGAAUGGAUUGGUUGAGUCGACAUAGGGCUGUAGUAAAUUGUCACACAAAAGAAGUGGUAUUUGAGGUACCCGAGCAAGGAAGUGUUGUCUUUAGUGGAAUUAGGCAAGCAGUACCUAGUUGCCUAAUAUCUACUUCCAAGGUGUUGAGCUUAAUUAAGGAGGGGUGUGUGGCCUUCCUUGCCCAUGUAGUAGAGGUUAAAGAAGAGAAAGAUCCAAAAGAUGUAGAAGUAGUGAAUGAAUUCCUGGAUGUGUUUCCAUCCGACCUACCAGGACUACCUCCUGAUCGGGAGGUAGAAUUCACUAUCGAAUUGCUACCGGGCACCGCACCUAUUUCUAUACCACCGUAUAGGAUGGCGCCUGUGGAGUUGAAGGAGCUGAAAGAGCAACUUCAAGAGUUGCUAGAUAAGGGAUUCAUAAGACCAAGUGUGUCACCGUGGGGUGCUCCCGUACUCUUUGUGAAGAAGAAGGAUGGAACCCUACGGUUAUGCAUCGAUUACCGAAGGAUUAACAAGGUGACUGUGAAGAAUAAAUAUCCUUUGCCCCGUAUUGAUGAUUUAUUCGACCAACUGCAAGGGUCAAAAGUCUUCUCCAAAAUUGACCUAAGGUCGGGAUAUCAUCAAUUAAAGGUGGCAGAGGAAGCCAUACCUAAAACGGCUUUUCGUACGAGGUAUGGGCAUUACGAAUUUCUUGUUAUGCCAUUUGGACUAACGAAUGCUCCAGCUGCUUUUAUGGCGUUGAUGAACAAGGUCUUCCAAGAGUACCUAGAUAAGUUUGUGAUAGUUUUCAUUGACGAUAUCUUGGUGUACUCUCGAAGUGAAGAAGAGCAUAGGGAGCAUUUGAGGAUAAUCCUUCAAAUCUUGAGGGAAAAGCAGUUGUAUGCUAAAUUUAGCAAGUGUGACUUCUGGAUGGAUCAAGUUAUAUUUCUGGGACAUAUUGUUUCCGGAAGGGGAAUUGAAGUUGAUCCGAAGAAGGUGGAAGCCGUGGUGAAGUGGGAACCACCGAGGAGUGUACCCGAGUUGCGAAGUUUCUUGGGAAUGGCAGGUUAUUACAGAAGGUUCAUCGAGGGAUUUUCUAUCAUUGCCUCGCCAUUGACAAAAUUGUUGAGGAAAGAUCAUCCUUAUGUGUGGAAUUCUGAAUGCCAAGCCAGUUUUGAGGAACUAAAGACGAAACUCACAACUGCACCUGUCUUGGCACUACCAGCAGGGGCAGGUGGUUUUGUGGUUUAUAGUGACGCCUCGCAUCAAGGCUUGGGGUGUGUUCUAAUGCAGAAUGGGAAGGUGAUUUCUUAUGCCUCAAGACAAUUGAGUCCAUAUGAAAAAUCCUACCCUAACCACGACCUCGAAUUGGCGGCAGUGGUUUUUGCUCUAAAAAUUUGGAGACACUACUUGUAUGGUGAAACGUUCCAAAUCUUCACUGACCACAAGAGUCUGAAGUACCUGAUGGAGCAAAAAGAGUUGAACCUGAGGCAAAAAAGAUGGGUGGAAUUGUUGAAAGAUUAUGACUGUACUAUUGAGUACCAUCCGGGUAAAGCCAAUGUUGUAGCAGAUGCUUUAAGCCGAAAAUCAAAACACUCAGAUUCGCAGUCAACGUUAAAUCCCACUCGGGAAAUGCUAGCAUUACAGGCAUUGAAUGCAAAUCUUAGUGUGGAUAAUGAUGGGGUGUCAUUAGCUACUCUACAAGUAUGGUCAAUCUUACGAGAAAGGAUUCAACAAGCUCAAAAUCAUGAUCCUUUUCUUAACAAGAUAAUAGAAGAGAUUAAAAACGGGAAGGAUGGAAAGUUUGAAUUCAAGAAUGAAGUCCUUUUACUAAACGGUAGAUUAUGUGUUCCUAAUGUGGAUGAAUUGCGUAGGGAGAUCUUGGAGGAAGCUCACUCCUCUCCUUAUGCGAUGCAUCCUGGUGCAACAAAAAUGUACCGGUCAUUGAGAUCACAUUAUUGGUGGCCCGGAAUGAAGAAAGAAGUGGCAGAGUAUGUGUUGACAUGUUUAGUAUGUCAACGAGUGAAAGCUGAACACCAAGCACCUGCAGGGAAGUUACAACCAUUACCCAUUCCAGAAUGGAAGUGGGAAAAAGUUACUAUGGAUUUUGUCUACGGUUUGCCUAGAACUCAAAAGAAGAAUGAUGCCAUUUGGGUUAUUGUGGAUCGACUAACCAAGUCGGCUCACUUUAUUCCAAUAAGAUGGGGGUGUUCUUUGGAGCAUCUGGCAAAAAGGUAUGUAGAAGAGAUCGUACGAUUGCAUGGGGUACCUAUAUCUAUAGUAUCUGACCGAGAUCCGAGGUUUACCUCGCGGUUCUGGCGAAGCCUACAAGAUGCUUUGGGUACUCAAUUGAACUUUUCUACUGCCUUUCAUCCUCAAACCGAUGGGCAAUCUGAGCGUACCAUACUCACCCUGGAGGAAAUGUUAAGGGCUUGUGUCAUGGAUUUCCAUGGCUCAUGGGAUGAACAUCUACCAUUGAUAGAAUUUGCAUACAACAACCAAUAUCAUAGUAGCCUUGGGAUGGCACCAUAUGAAGCGUUGUAUGAGAGAAAAUGUAGAUCUCCGGUUUGUUGGGAUGAAGAGGGCUUGAGACAACUUGAAGGGCCGGAAAUAGUGCAAGCUACAGUGGAUAAAAUUAAAGUAAUUCGAAAUCGGUUGAAAGCUACCCAAGAUCGGCAUAAAAGCUAUGCCGAUGCUCAUCGACGAGAAAUGGAGUUUAAUGUAGGUGACAAGGUGUUUUUGAAAGUGUCACCGUGGAGAGGAAUCUUUCUGGGGGUAAGGCUAAUUUAUAGGCUACUGGACCUAUCUUCUCCAAAAUCUCAUAGGGUCCAAUAUACCUAGGGUUCGGCAGAAGCUUUACCCUAAUAUAUAUAUAUAUAUAUAACAAAACCAUUCUCACACAAAGAGUGUAUGUGAGAUAUGGCAAAACUACAAACUUGUCCCUCAACUAAGUAAGGAGGAUGGACCGUAAUAUCCCAACUCUCGAUGUUCGGCUACCUAAUAAGUUAGCUUCACUUCCCUCCCCCAGUUGACGCAUACAAACAAACCCAGCUUCACGAGCUAGGAUUCCUCAGACUGUUAUCUUACCGACUACAGCAUCUGCAUAUGCCUCACUAGUCCCGCCUCCAGGAAUCAAGUAAUUACGGUUUGUGUAGCUUUGUGGGCCUCGACACGCGUUUUUAGUACGUAAAUCAUAUCGUGAUCCAUGAUCGUUCGAUAUAAGCGGGUUGUAACCAUAUAAAUGUUCACAAAUUGA